AGCGGAGAGGAUGCCCGCGGAGAUGCCCCCUCGCUACCCGUGAGGGGGCCGGACCGAACCGGACCGAAAGGACCGGACCGAGAGGAGGAACCACCAGCAGCCUGGAUCCUUAGCGGAAUCGCCCAGCCAUGGACAGACCAGCCUUGCCCAGCUGUUUCUACGCGACCCUGAUCCUCAUUAGCCUGGCCCCGGGGCCAUCGUCCGCUGUGAACUACACGGACCCCGUGCUCGUGGCCGUGGUAAGCCGCCAAUCCCCGGAGCGCCAGAAGAUCAUAGAUUCCCAGUUCAAGUGCUACGAGAAGAUGAACCGGGAACCUCCCAACAGCGAAAAAGGGCUGUUCUGCAACCGGACGUGGGAUGGCUGGCUUUGCUGGGGGGACACGCCUGCGGGGAGAGUCUCCAUCCAGAACUGCCCAGACUACUUCCCAGACUUCGACCCUUCAGAAAAGGCUUCCAAGUUCUGCGACCAGAACGGGAACUGGUUCCGCCAUCCUGAGAGCAACCGGACCUGGUCCAACUACACCCUCUGUAACUCCUUCACCAAUGAGAAGCUGAAGAUGGCUUUUGUCCUGUACUACAUGGCCAUGGUGGGCCACACUCUCUCCAUCAUCUCGCUGUUGCUGUCUCUGGCUAUCUUCUUCUACUUCAAGAGUCUGAGCUGCCAGAGGAUAACCCUGCACAAGAACCUGUUCAUCUCCUAUGUGCUCAACUCGUUGUUCACCCUCAUCCACCUGAGCACCGUGGUGCCCAACGCCAACCUCGUCAACAGAGACCCGGUGGGCUGCAAGGUCCUUCAGUUCGUCCACCAGUACAUGCUGGGCUGCAACUACCUGUGGAUGCUCUGUGAGGGCGCUUACCUGCACACGCUCAUCGUCGUGGCCGUGUUUGCCGAGGAACAGCGGCUGCACUGGUACUACCUCCUGGGAUGGGGGUUCCCGUUGGUGCCGGCCUCGAUCCAUGCAGUGGCGCGGGUCAAGUACUUCGAUGACAGCUGCUGGAUGAGCGUGGAAACCUACCUGCUCUACAUCAUCCACGGACCCAUCUUGGCCGCCCUCCUGGUGAAUUUCUUCUUCCUGCUGAACAUCGUGCGGGUACUGGUCACCAAGCUGCGGGACACGCACCGCGCCGAGUCCAACAUGUAUAUGAAGGCCGUGCGGGCCACUCUCAUCCUCGUACCGCUGCUCGGGAUCCAGUUCGUCAUCAUCCCCUGGAGGCCUGAGAACCGGCUGGCCGGGGAGAUCUACGACUAUGUCAUGCAUAUCCUCAUGCACUACCAGGGUUUGCUGGUCGCAACCAUCUUCUGUUUCUUCAACGGAGAGGUCCAGGCGGCGCUGAAGAGGCAGUGGGCCCAGUACAAAACGCAACUGGGGCAGAGGCGGCGGGACCACUGCUCCACCCGCUCCACCUCCUACACGGCCACGUCCAUCACUGAGGUCCCCGUGUACCUGUUCCCCCGGUCCUCCAGCAGCGAGCAGGUCAACGGCAAGUUCGCCGAGGACUCCGAGGUCACCGCGCUCAAGUCCGACGAGUCCUCCGCCUGACCGGGGGGAGGGGGGACCCCGUGCGCCACCGCCCCCCACAACCAAUUCUUGGGGGCUGGGGGCCUCCUCCUCCCCAACUCCCCCCCAUAACCAAGAUGGAAUCACUUACCAGGAGGGUGACAGGGACCGUCAGGAGAGAAUUCUCCACUGUCGCCACGGACGGACUCAGACAUUGGGAAGGCUAUGGGGCCUGUCAGGCAAGAGCUUCCUGCUACCACCGCAGACGGAUUCACCUACUGGGAGGGAGGUGGGGGUCUUCAGGAGCUAGCCCCCCCACCCCAACCCAAUCCCAGAGGGAUUCACCCACCAAGAUGGCCAUGGGGCCCAGCAGGCGCCAGUUCCUCCCCACCACCACAGAUGGGCUCCGGCAGUUGAGGGGCAGUGGGGUCCAUUGGGAAAGUGUUCCCUGCCACCGGCGCUGAUAGACUCACCCACUGGGAUGGUGGUGGAGCCCAUCAGGAGAGAAUUCUCUGCCACCACCACAGAUGGACUCAUUCACUGGCAGGGCGAUGGGGCCUGUCACGAAAGAGCUCCCUGCUACCACCGCAGAUGGACUCACGCACUGGGAGGGCGGUGAGGGUCUUCAGGAGCUAGCUCUUCCCCGACCCCAACCCAAUCCCUGGUGGAUUCACCCACCAAGAUGGCCCUGGGGCCUGUCAGGUGCCAGUUCCUCCCCACCACCACUGAUGGACCCCCGCCUACCAUGGGAGCGUGGUGGGGACUUUCAGAAGAUAGCCCCACCCCUCCAUCCUAGAUGGACUCACCCACCAAGAUGGCCAUGGGGCCUGUCAGGAGCAAGCUCCCCACCCCACCACUACCCCGGAUGGGCUCCAUUGGGAAGGCAAUGGGGUCCUUCAGGAAAGAGCUCUCUGCAGAUGGACAGAUGGACUCACAGACGGAGUUACAGGCGGACUCACCCACUGCGAGGGCGGUAGGGGCCCUCCAGGAGCCAGCCCCACACCCCACCUCCAUCGCGGAUGGACUCACUCACAAAGACAUCCAUGGGACCUCGCCCACUGGGAGGACGGUGCAGCCCAUUGGGAAAGAAUUCCCUGCCACCAGCACAGACGGAUUCAUUCGGUGGGGCCCAUCGGGACAGCAUUUCCUGCCACCACCAGUUGGUCACUCAAUCCUAUUUAUUGAGCACUCACUGUGUGCAGGAGACUGCACUGAGUGCUUGGGAGAGUACACUGUAACAGACACAGUCCCCUGCCCACAACAAGCUUACAGUCUAGAGAUGGACUCACUCACCGGGAGGGUAGGAGAGCGUUCCCCACCACCAGCAUAAAUGGACUCACCUACUGGGAGGGUGGUGUGGUCCAUUAGGAGAGCAUUCUCUGCCACCAUACAGUGGGGCCCUUCAGGAUCCAGCCCCACUCCCCAGAGGGCCGGUCCAGUGUCCCCCGCCAUCCUGCAGGACCCACGCGCACGGCGGUAGUCAGGCCCCAGCAGACCGCACAAGAAGAGAGAGAAUAACAAUUUAUAAUAACGAUAAUUAUAAU